AUAAAACUCCUCACCGAUAGAUAAAUAGCACACAACCGAGAUUCACUUAGAAAUAAUGUUAAUUAUUUGCUGAUUUACUAACUUGAGGACCAAUACUUUACAUGUUCUCCUAGUUCAAAGUCUCCGGUGGCGCAGUUGGUCAACCUUGAGAAAUGAAUCGGCUUGCACGCAUACCCCUUAUGAUUCAUGGACAAGUGAGAUGUAUGAAUAAAAUCAGUUUGCAGUCUUCUUAUAGGUUUUCAUCAUUACCUCCUCUUCCAAAGGAUAUUGACUUUGCCGAACUGAAAAAAGAGUUAGAUAAUGAUGGUGUAACGCUGAUUGAUGUUCGGCUCCCAAAGGAACUGUACGAAAGUGGAAUGAUUCCGAAAUCAAAGAACAUACUUUUACAAACAUUAGGAGUAAGUAUCCUGCUCCCAGAAGAAGACUUUACUGAUAAAUUUGGGUUUGAGAAGCCUGACAUUGAUGAACCUAUCGUUGUAAUGUGUCUGGGUGGUAUUCGUGCAAGGACGGCUCAGCUGGCUAUGAUAGGAGCCGGCUAUAAAAAUGUUCGGGUUUAUGUAGGUUCAUAUGAGGAUUGGCUUGAAAAUGGUGGUCCUGUAGUGUACCCUGAAGUUAAGUGAUAAAUGUAGCAAAUGCUUGUAGGUUCUCUUUAUCAGGCAGUUAUUUGUUAAUGUCUUGAUACAUUUGUAAAGUUCAUAGGAAUAUAUUUGUUUAAUUUCUUUA